AUGAAUAAUAAUGAUCAUUGGAGUCCGAAUCAUUUCGUUCCUCUAAUGUCGGCAAGUAUACGGCAUGAAUAUGUUGGUGGUAGUCAAAUGAAAUUGAUUAACAAAACGCCUGAAAAGAAAACAACGAAGAAUAAUCACAAUUCUCAUGUACGGAUUCCUGAAUUUCAGUCUUCACCUAGUAGACGUUUACGCAGUGAAACUAGCACAAACAGUGAUCAUGUUGAAAUCGUCAAUUUAGAUACCAUGGAACAAAAUGAAAUGAAAAGGGAAGGACAGCAUCCAAUGCGACUUAUCACUCUGGAAGAUCGUGCUCGUUUGAGACGAAAUAAACGAAGUCAAUCGAAUAGAACUAAUAAAAAAUUGGAUGAAUUGUCGAUCGACAGUACUUUCGUUCAUCAACAAGAUAUCCAUGAUCAUGCAUAUGGAAAUAGCGGCUAUAUAUAUCCUGCUCAUAACUCGAAGAAUGGAAUCGAACGUCACGAUAGUGCCACAAAUAGGAACAAAAUAAAAGAUUCUCUAACUUGGCCAGCACCCGUAUCCAGUGAAUUAAAAGAAGAAUGCUUAAAACAAUUUCUUCAACAGAUGUCUAUGGACAAUCUUGCUGAAGUGACGUGUGCAGUCUGUAAUGUUCGUAGUUCAAAACAGCAAUGCAAAAUAGUUCCAACUUCGACAAUAUCUCAUAAGGAUCUGCUCAAGGUAUCUGAUGAAUUAAAAGGUUUAAUUACAAAUAUUCAACUAUCAAUUCCAAAACAUUUUACUGGAUCUCCCAUUCAAAAUUCAUUACCUUUCUAUUUUGAAAAUUAUAUUGUUCUUUAUAAGAAUGGGGUAUCUCAAGAUAACGAGAUAGCUAUGUGUUCGAUUUGUCAAAAUUGUUCUCAUGCUCUUUCCAAAGACAAAAUUCCAAAAUUCUCAGCAGCGAACAACAUGUGGUUGGGUGAUAUACCUACCCAGUUGCAAGGAUUAACAAUCCCAGAACAAAAGUUGAUCUCAUUGCAUCGUCAUAAUAGUUGUGUGAUAAAACUCCACUCACCUUUUCAUACAGCAACAACUGCACAGGGGGCGUUGAAAGGCAAUU